AUGGCGGCACCGCAAGAGCCAGAGCAGCUAGAAAUACUGUGUAAACAGUUCUACGAAUCCCAGGACGGCCGGCUACGUGCUGAAGCCGAAAAGGCGCUCUACAUCUUCCACGAUGAUCCCGAAGCACUUUCAAAAUGUCAAACACUGCUGGACCGGGCAGAUUCGAGCUUUUCUCAACUAUUUGCCACAACCAUUCUAACCAAACUGGUGACGAAAAACAUACAGGUCCUAAGGAUGCAGCAGCGGGUGGACAUACGGAACUACGUGCUAAAUUAUCUUGCCACCAGGCCCAAUCUACAGCCAUUCGUUAUCCAAGCCCUAAUAUCGUUGUUGGUCAAAAUAACCAAACUGUGCUGGGUCGAUAUGUAUGAGCAGGAAUACGUGUUUCAAAACAUCCUGCAAGAUGUGAAGGAGUUUCUGGGUGGCUCGGUGGAACAUUGUGUCAUCGGGGUGCAAAUUUUGUCCCAGCUGACAGUAGAGAUGAACCAGCAGUCGGAAGCGGCAUGCAAUCUCACCUUCCCAAAACAUCUGCGUAUUACGAGCCUGUAUCGCGAUAAAAUGCUCUAUGAGAUCUUCAUUCUCGCGUGCACAUUGCUUAGCCAGGCGAAGGAUAACGUGUGCAAAAAUCUAAACUACCUGGAUGAAGCCCAGCAAGGGCUAUUCAACAAUCUGCUUGAGUUGGCGCGUAACUGUUUGAGUUACGAUUUUAUCGGUGCUACUGCCGACGAAUCGUCGGAUGAUAUAGCGACCGUGCAGAUUCCCACGAACUGGCGGCCGGCGUUUUUGGACUCGGAUUCCGAUUCGUUGAAGCUGUUCUUCGAUUUGUAUCACAUGCUGCCCAGUCGUUUGUCCAGCUUAGCUCUAUCCUGUCUGGUACAAAUAACGUCCAUUCGCCGAUCGAUGUUUAGCAAUCAAGAACGGAUUAAAUUCCUCACCAAGCUCGUGAAGGGAGCGACAGAUAUCCUCAAGACGUCGCACGGAUUGAGCGAUCCCGAGAACUAUCACGAGUUCUGUCGGUUGCUGGCACGCCUCAAGUCCAACUAUCAGCUAAGCGAGCUGAUUAUAGUGGAGAACUAUCCUGAAGCAAUCCAACUUAUCGCAAAGUUUACAGUACAAUCGCUGCAAAUGUGGCAGUCCGCGCCAAACAGCAUCCACUACCUGUUGUCGUUGUGGCAACGUUUAAUUGCAUCACUUCCGUACGUAAAAUCACCAGAGCCACAUUUUCUUGAAACAUACACACCAGAGGUGACGAAGGCGUUCAUCACCUCGAAGCUCGACGCCGUUCCAGUCAUUUUACGCGAAGGGCUUGAAGAUCCGGGAGAAGACAUCGACAUGGUGCAGCAGCAGUUGGAGCAAUUUUCAAUAAUCGGUCGCUGUGAGUACGAUAAAACAUGCGCGUUGUUAGUGCAGCUGUUUGAUCAGACCGCCAACCGUUACCAAGAGAUACUGUCCAGCCCGGCCGCGGCUAAUCACAUAGAUCUGCAGAUUUGCGAGGGCCAGCUGACCUGGCUCGUGUACAUUAUUGGAACAUCGAUCGGCGGUCGUAUCUCGCCGCAAUCCUUCGACGAUCACGAAGUGCAAGAGUGCGACAUUAUAUUCCGCGUGCUGCAGUUGAUGACCCUGACCGAUUCGAGGUUACCACAGUGCGGAUGCGAAAAGUUGGAACUAGCUUUCAUGUACUUCCUAUCGCACGUGCGGAAAAUGUACAUUACCGAGCACAUGCCGAGCAAGCUGAAGGUGUUCCCUCGUUUGUCGGAAAUACUGGGAGUAAGCGAUGACGAUAUGACCAUGCUCUCGGUGACCAGCCGAAAGAUAAUAACAAACCUCAAAUAUUUAGGCAAUUCUGAUCAAGUUCUGCGAAAAACACUCGCCCUAUUGAACGAUCUUACACUAGCUUGUUCCUCCGUGCGGAAACUGAUCAAACUAGAUGAAAUUCAGUUCAUGCUUAACAAUCGCACGCGCGAACACUUUUCGUUCUUAGGUUCGGGAACGGUCGCCGCAACACGCUGUCGUAGUAUGUUUUACACUUGCCUAGGUCGGUUGCUAAUGAUGGAUCUUGGCGAAGAUGUGGAACGGUUUAACACGUUUAUGAUGCCUUUGACAAACACUAUUGAAAACAUCAUCAUGAUGAACUUUCCGAGUGAAGAGGCAAAAAAGGAACUGAUUGGGUUGUCACGAGAUUUGCGUGGAUUGGCGCUAGCGUUUAAUGCGAAAAUGCCGUAUAUGAUGCUGUUCGAUUGGAUCUAUCCGGACUACUCGCCAAUCCUCAUUCGUGCCGUGCAAAUGUGGGCUCAUGAUCCCACGGUCACAACUCCGGUUCUGAAGCUGUUCACCGAACUAGUCUACAAUCGAUCGCACCGACUACAGUUUGAUGUGUCUAGUCCAAACGGUAUUUUGCUGUUUAGGGAAACAUCCAAAUUGAUCUGUUGUUAUGGUGAAAGCAUGCUAUCGCUGAACGUUCCGAAGGAACAGAUGUACCCAAUGAAGCUGAAAGGCAUUUCUGUGUGUUUCCAAAUGCUGAAGCAAAUACUAAGUGGAUACUACGUCAACUUCGGUGUGUUCAAGCUUUACGGAGAUAACGCAUUGGAUAACGUGCUUAACAUGACCGCCAAACUAAUACUGACCAUUCCUCACGAGGACAUACUAGUUUAUCCAAAGUUGUCGUUAUCUUAUUACACGCUGAUACAGUGUUUAGCACAGGAUCACAUCUCAUACCUGUCCACGCUGGAACCGCCACUGUUUUUGUACAUUUUAGAGAGUAUAUCCCAAGGAUUGAAUGCAUUAGAGUCCGUAGUAUGUUCUGGUUGUUGCCAAACGCUGGAUCACAUUGUAACGUACAUUUUCAAACAACUGCAACUGAAUGUAUCUACAUUCCCUAACAAAAAACAUCGUCAAGCAGUACCGCCCGAAAAUAACAUGUUUUUAAAAGUAAUGGAACUGCACCCGGAAAUUCUGCAGGGCUUACUUUCGACUAUGAUGAACAUAGUUAUGUUCGAAGACUGCAAACAUCACUGGUCAAUGUCCCGUCCCUUGCUGGUGUUGAUUUUGCUGUACGAGGAUUGCUUUCGUCGAAUCCGGGAAACAGUCAUUCAGUCCCAACCGGUGGCUAAGCAGCAAAAUAUGGCUCGAUUGUUUGAUAUGAUGAUGGACGGCAUCGAGCGCAAUCUGGUCAUCCAGAAUCGAGAUAAAUUCACACAGAAUCUACUGCUGUUCCGUCGAGAUAUCAAUGCUUGUCUGAAAAUCACUCCGCAGCCGAACUCAUCGGCAAAUGAAAUGGAUGACUAAAACGAGGACUACCAACCGGUGGCCAUGAUUCAGGAUCAUGCAGCUUUGAGUGAGGUCAUGAAAAAUGAAGAAAAUUAUGGUAUUCUGUUCGAUGUUUAGCUGCAUUUCAUGAUGCGUACUAUACAAUGAAGAAAACAAUCGAUUAAAAAAGUGUGAGGCGAAAGAUCGUUGAAAAUACGUCUUGGAUACCGUACCGUCGUUGGCGGCAGGGAAAUGUUGAACUUUUUGUACAAUAUUCACGCUGAAAGGGCAAUGCUGCAACGGAAAUGCGUGGUCAUGAAAAAGAUAAAACUAAGUUUUGAUCGUACAAUCGGAAAACGAGUACUUUGUGAAACGUUCAUGAACAACAAAUUUGUUAGGGAUAGUAAAAUAUACGUUUUCAUUUUUUAUUACUUUUUAAACCUUUCAAAAGGUUCCUAGCCUCAGUAAAAAAGAAGCAAAGCAUUAAGAAGCCCAAUGUUUGGGUAUUGACGGUAUGAUCAGUUAGUCGCCGCUCCACUUUUCAUGUGUAGCGUUUGCAUUUCUCUGUUUGUUUUAUCUUCUUUUUUAUUUUGGCGUCGAUAAGUCAGUCAUUGCUGUAGUGAAAAAUGAGCAAUUGUGUUUGCUGUCAGUUUUCUUAAUUUCUCGCGCAUUGGAAUGAUUACAUUCCUUUGGUCGCCGCCACUACUAUGCGUAAUUUUACGAACAUAAGUUUGCUAUGAACCGAUUAUGGUAAAUAAGUUCAAAAAAACGCUGAGGUGUGAAGGAACCGAUUGCUUAUGUUGAUACAUUUUUGCGAUAUAUUGUACCUUGUGUGUUGAACGUAGACGAUUCGCUCACGAUAGAAUAUUCCAGAGUUAUCAUGAGUUCUAUGAAAAAAAAACGUCCCACAGAUACGUGCUCUUCUCUUCGUUGGCCAGGGAAGUAUAAUACUUUAGAAUAAAGCAAUCCAUUCUAAGAUCCAGCCGAUUAUUGGCAACAAUAAUGCAAACAAACAGUUCAGUGCUUAUGCUGCAAGUCGACAAAAGGCAUCCUGCAAUAUGCGCGGAGGGGCAUCGUUUGGCUGAUGAGCUGGUAGGAAACAGAAAAGAACAUAACAAAAAUACAAUUAAGAGAUCAAAAUGUACAGGAUUACCCAGCUACGAUCAGCGGGUGUAGAAGGUACUGAGCAAAAGAGACGAUUGCAGCGGUAUAUGAAGAAACAGGCAUUAUUCCCGUACUAGAAAGACGAAUUAAG